AUGUUGCAAGCUGACUCAGUUACUGUUGUCUUUGUUCUCGGCAAGUAUCCAAACGUGGCCCUGGUUGUGGUAAAGGAACUCAAUGCGAUCUUAUCAAGCAAGAUUACGGCUUCGUCCAUCUGUCCGCGGGUGACCUAUUGCGUGCUGAGCAGAGUCGUGAAGGUUCGCAAUACAGCUAUCAAGGAGGCACGCGACAAUGAUGGCAAGACGCGUUUCUUGGUGGAUGGCUUCCCACGCAAAAUGGAUCAGGCUAUCAAGUUUGAAGAGGUUGUCGUUGAAUCCAAGUUUACGCUCUAUUUCGAAUGCUCUGAGGAAACAUUGUUGAAUCGACUCCUUAAACGUGGUGAGAGCUCAGGUCGUGUCGAUGACAACAUUGAAUCGAUCAAGAAGCGGUUCCAAACUUUCAAGGAAACAAGCUAUCCCGUGAUUGAGUACUAUGAGCAAAAGGGCAAGGCAUUUAAGGUCAACGCCGAACAAUCCAAAGAGGAGGUGUACAGCGAUGUCAAGAAGAUUUUGGAUGGUGCUUUGAAUUGA